AUGACAGUUACUGAAAAGCCUAAACCGAUCACAGAUAUACUUACUGUAUCCACCCCACCUGAUGCUGAAACAGAACGUGAAAUAUUGCAUAAUAAGGGUACUGAUAUUUCUACCUUUUCUCGGUUUCUAGCUAUAUAUACUAGAAAUAAAGAGAAUGCGUCACUAUAUUGCAUUGAAGAGAAGAAGGGUUGUGAUUUUUCUAAUAAUUGGACUUAUCUUAAGAAUGUUCUAACAAGCCAAAAUUGUUACUCCAGGGAUAACGGCAAAUUAACUGAAUAUCUGAUCCCUGCUUGUGAUGCACAUAUCUUUAAGGAUUCCCUUUCUCAUCAAUUGAAGAUUACUGAGUUUCAAAAGGAAGAUGAAACUCAAAUUAGAGGUUGCAUUGUGAGAGUUGAAGUUGAUGAUCCAUUCAAUGACUGGUUCAUAUAUCAUGUAUUAGAUCAGGCAAGAUUACAAUUCCAUGACUACGAUCUUUUAAAUGUUGAUCAAGGUAAUGAUGUUAGGUAUCACGAUAUGUUCGCUGAUUUCUUUGCUGCUAAUUUAAAAAAUACUAUUAAAAAUGACGAGUGGGAUGACUCAGGUAGAAAGUAUUUUGUUGAACGUGUCAGGUAUUUUACAGACCGUUUUAUUAGGAUUGAGUGUAUUUUACCAGCAUUUCCUUGCAAAUCUUCUAAUAUCAACAAAGUUGGGGGUGAUAUCCCUGACAAAGGUGAGGAGUUAGCCCUGAGAAGAUUGCUUCAGAUUACCAAGGAAGUCGAGGAAUUUUAUCCCCCAGGUUUGAAGAUUUGGAUUGUUAGUGAUGGGCAUGUCUUUUCGGAUUGUAUUGGUGUUGAUGAUGAUGUCGUUGACAACUAUACUUCCAGAUUACAUGAAUUAUAUGAAUUAUGUAAGGAUAGUGGAUCAGACACAAUUGGGUUUUGUGGGUUGAACGAUCUUUUCUUCAAUGGUGCUUCUUCGGAAUCAUUUAAUCCAGAGUGGGUUGAAAAAUAUAAAGUUCUACAUUACACUGGUACAAUGAUAUCUUCUAAAUCAGAUGCUUCAAGACAAAUUUUGAUGAAGGGGUGUGACACUGAUGAUGGUUCCUUGAGAAAAGAUGUCAAUAUACCUGAUCAUCCUCGCUUAUAUCUGUAUAGAGGUUUCUCCAAGUUCAUGAUGGAAGAUUUGGCUGUAUUACCCUUUUUCCAAUCUCAUUCUAAAAAGGGAUUCAAAAAAGUUAUUUCUAAGAUCGCUUUUAACAUGAUUAGGAGAAAUGACGCAUAUUCUAACCUUGUUGAAUUGAUGUUUCCCCAUCAUAUGAGAAUUUCAAUUCAUGCACACAAGAACUCUGGGCCAAAAUUUGGGGUUAAAGUAAUUUCUCAUCAACAAUGCAGUAUUGUUAAGGAUCUCCAAAAUAUUGAAGAGCCAACCUUUGAAGAUUUACUACAUAUACCAACACCAUGGCAUAAUUGUAUCGUUAAGGUUACAGAUUCUGCAGAUUCUGAAAAACAAAACUAUUUUUUAACUAAAUCAAGAGUAAUUAAGGAUGCUCUUGCAAAUGGAACAUAUAAAGGUGAGUGGAAGGAUACUUGUUUUCAAAGUGGUAAUGGUGGUUGUUUCGAAAUUAUGAAGUAUAACUAG